AACGACGUCAGCGUCAGGUCUGCAGAGCGCAAGCACAGACACGGAGACCAUCGCCAUCUCGGCAACCACUCCAGCAGACAGUCGCUCAUAAUCGGCAUUCCGGAAACAAUCCAUUCAUCCACAUCGCCUGCCAUCGUCUCCCGCUCGCAGAGGCAAACAAAGCCAGAGCAGCCAUGGAGACGCUCAGGGCGAUGUUCACCAAGCCCGAUCCUCAGGCUCAGUACCGAAAAUGCAACGCCAUCAUCCGCAGCAACAUGCGCAAGCUCGACCGGGACAUCGCGCAGCUCAAGGCGGCCGAGACGAAGACCAAGAACCUGAUCGUGGCGGCGCACCGGCGGGCGCAGCGGGCGGGCCCCGGCGACGCGGGGCGGCGGCGGCAGGCGGAGCGCGAGGUGCGCGACUUCGCGCGCGAGCUGCUGCGCACGCGGCGGGCGGGCGCGCGGCUGGUGACGGGCCGCGCCCAGCUGGCCAGCGUGCAGAUGCAGGUCAGCGAGGCCUGGGCGCUGCGGCGCAUCGAGGGCAGCAUCAAGGCCAGCGUGGGCAUCAUGCGCGACGUCAACGCGCUGGUGCGCCUGCCCGAGCUGGCGCAGACGAUGCGGGAGCUUAGCCAGGAGCUGAUGAAGGCCGGCAUCAUCGAGGAGAUGGUGGGCGAGGUGCUGCCGGCCGAGGUGGAGGAGGAGGAAGAGGAGGAGGCCGAGGGGGAGGUGGAUAAGGUGCUGGGGGAGAUUCUGAAGGAUCGGAUGGAGACGGCGGGGCCGUUGCCCAGCGCGCCACUGUCGCAGCGGCCGGCGCAGGUGCCGGCGCAGCAGCAGCCGCAGCAGGUGGAGGAGGAGGACGAGGAGGAUACCGAGGCCAUGAUGGAUCAGAUGAGGAAUCGGCUGGAGGCGCUGAGGAGUUGAUUCCAACGCGGGUUAUAUCUGCGUUGGUGGCGUGAGAGACUUGGGUGGCUGCGGAGCGGGAGUGUCCGCUGGGAAUGACGGCGUUUGGCGGCGUUAGGGUGUCACUUGUUGGGGAAGCUUUUCUACGGAUACAUGCUUGGUGACUGAUGUGCGGUUUCCAGAACUUCUCCGGCAGGCUUGGUGUCCGCCAGUGAAGGCUUAGAUGUAGGGGGAUACAAACUCUGAUGCUUGUAGAGAGCUGAUACUGUUUUCUUAGGUCUCAUCCUGUGUUCUGCAAUUAAAGGUCUUUAAAGGUGUUGCCAA